AGCUGGUUAUUCUGUAGUUCAAAUGAAAAAGGAGUAACAAUUAUAGACAACUCUAUCAAAUUAUCAAAAAAUAUUAAGUCUAUUUAAAGUAAUAUGGAAACACUAAAAGAAUCAUUAACUACUAAUCUUAUUAUAAAUGAAGAAUUAGUAGGGAAAGCUGCCUAAAAAGAAAUAUGUUAAGCCACAGCAUUUAAUAAAGAUAAGUACAUCAGAAGAACUAAUUAAAGUUUGGAAUUUUUACAAUGGUAAAUUAGAAUUAUUCCAAACAUUAAAAGGUCAUGACAAAGUAGUUACAUGUCUCUAUUUUAUUCGUAAGAAUAAUUGGUUUAUAUCUGGAAGUCGAGAUAAGACAAUUAGAUUAUGGAAAGAGUUUAGUAAUAGUGAAUGUGGAUGUAUGUAGAUUUUAGAAGGUAAUAGUUUUUGUUUCAAUAGUGUUAUCAUGAACUAAUAUGAAGAUUAGACUAGUAGAGAUGAUCAUAAAAUAAAAGUUUGGAUGUAAGAAUCUUUACUUUCAUCUUAACAACCUAAAUGGAAAUGCUAUUAAACUCUAUAAGAUCAUAAAAAGAAUGUUUAUUCUUUGAGUUUAAAUUAAGCUGGUAUCUGGUUCUUAUGAUAAAACUAUUAUUAUUUAUGAUAAGGAU